AUGGUCCUCGAAAACACAACAGGCAAUCCACUGAGCGCAGGUUCGCUCGCGCUCUUCAUGGCUACAUCCUUCCCCAAGGGCGAUGCAUCAAAGCUCAAGAACGGCACCGAAGCUGUCGCACUGGCCGUUCAUGCGGGCAUGCUUGCCGUGGGCUUCCGCCUCAUUGGCCUUGGAGAGGACGAGCGAAUAGAAGCAUACGCAGACGCCGAAAACCCACAGGCACUACCCGCAAAGUGGAACGCAUCUUCCACAUACGAGUUCCGAUAUGCGCACGCACAAUCCGCCAUGGAGUACCUCGUCAAGGUCAACCGACUGGGUGGCAAAGCUGUUGUAUACGCUCUUGCAUUGGGCGAUGACAAGACUACAAAUUUCGAAGUCACGACCAAAGACUACAUUUCCGAGUCACAGCUGCCCUUUAGCGUUUCCGAAGAUACACCAACUGAACAAGUGUCACAGAAGGUGCAAGAGCUCUUCAUCUCAGCAGGCCGACUAAACGACCUUGGUUCGCUUCUCAAGAUCUCUGUGAUCCAGAAGCUAGCACCGGGUAUCAAUAAACCUGAAUACGAAGAGAGCAGCACAGAUAGUCAACCCACAUCAGCAGCAGAUCGACAUGAACCAGAACGUGGCGAACCUCACAAUCCGCGCCAACCUCCCACCGAGCCAGGUCCUGCGCGACCCCACCCGUUCGACGACCCUCUUGCUGCGCGACCGCACUCAGGCCGACACUUGCCCGAGCCCAUUCCGCGUUUCGACGACGAGUUAGGAAUAAACCAACGACCGGGCCGCCUUCCAGAGGAUCGAUAUCCCGUCAACAUUGGCCACGACGAUUUAUACCCACAAGGUCUUGGACCAAACGAUCCUCUACGUGCACAUCUAGCUGGAGGACUGCCACGACCAGGUGGUUUCGGCGGCGGUGGUAUGCAUCCCACAUUCGACGACCCGCUGUUCCGCGGCCAGGGCGGACAGGGCGGAUAUGAUCCUAUGGCUCCUCCGGGCGCAAGAUACGAUAUAGUGGCCCCUGGAGACCCAAGGAGGGAGGAUAGAGGAAGAGGUCCCAUGUUCCCUGGUCGAGGCGCGUUCGGCGGACCUGGAGCCUUUGGCGGAGCAGGUGGACGGCCGCCCAAUCCAUUCGGUGGGUUCGGGGACGGUGAUUUCAUCUAA